AUGUCUUCUCCCACCUUCGAUGUCAAUACCACCGCGAAAGAAGUUGCCGCAGCGUUCCCAGACCAAAUCAAGGGCAAAACUAUCCUUGUGACUGGGACCUCUCUCAAGAGCAUCGGAUUUACCACUGCACAAGCCUUGGCUAAAGACGCAGACUUGCUCAUAAUCACUGGUCGAAGUUUAGAGAAACUGAAAGAAACUGAAGCCGCACUGAAGGCAGAGUAUCCCAGCGCUAACAUUCGACCUCUGACUCUCGAUCUUGCAUCGCGAGCUUCCGUUCGUAAAGCUGCCGCUGAGGUCAACGCCUACACGGAACCACUCCACGUUGGCAUUCUCAUUCACAAUGCCGCCAGUGUUAUUGGGGCUUUCAAACUUAACGAAGACAAGCUUGAGUCGCAGUUCUCAUCCAACCAUGUCAGCCCCUUCCUCUUCACCAAGCUAGUCGCACCCAAACUUAUCGCAUCGGCGACUCCUACUUUUGCUCCUCGUGUCAUCUUCGUAUCAAGUGGCGCACACGCUCAUGGCGCGAUCGAUUGGGAUACGCUCACGGCACCCGACGAGAGCAAAUACGUCCCCAUCAUGGCAUACGCGCAAUCAAAAAUCGCGAACGUGUUAACGGCAAAAGAGCUCACCAAACGGUCGGGUGGUCGAAUUCAAGCAUAUAGUCUCCAUCCGGGCGCAGUCGCCACUAGUGAGGUUCCCGAAACCGUGGUCACUUUGCAGUCACUUGGUUUUUACACUCCCGAGGGCAAACCGAAUACGGAGAAGUUUUCUUUCAAGUCCCGCGAGCAGGGGGCGAGCACGACCGUUGUUGCUGCAAUCGACCCACGCAUCGAAGGCCAAGGGGGUGUCUACCUCAACGACUCGGUUGUCGCAAACGAGUCGGUCUCAGCCGCCGCCUCAGAUCCCGCCAAUGCUGAGCGAUUGUGGACUGUUACGGAGGAAAUUUUGGGAGAGAAGUUCACGUUUGCGUAG